GUCGUAAACGUGGAUUAAUCUUUCCGGAUUAUGAGAACUUAUCGGAAAGCAACACAACUCUUCAAGUUCUCGAAAGGAAGUUAGUUUAAUAUACAUACUUACACACACACAAAUAUACCUAUUCGGUGCAACAGUUUUCAGUAUUCAUAGUGAUAAUUCAAUUGUUGUAUCAGGUUUUUCGUCCUUAAUUUAUCUGCUUUUAUGUGUUAUAUGGAAGUAUUGAAUGUAGGUCUGUGUUACUAAAGACUAUAGCUUAGUUGUUGUUGUUGUUGUCUUUAACUUGCCUUUGGAUUUCUGUUUAAUGCAAUUCAAAAAAAUAUCAUACCAUUAAAGGAUGGAGUGUCUAAUGUAUAAAUAACUCUCUAAAUUUCCGCUCUAUUCUUAUAAGGUCAAAUCAGCAUACAGCUUAUUUUGAUGUUCCAGUUUAUUUCUAUUGGAGUUGAUAUUUCUAACAUGAAUAGUUUUCAUUUACCAGGAAUUGUGAUAAUUGACAUAGAUAUUGUUGUUGUAUAUUGGACCGUUAGUUGUUUGUUUGAUUAUCCCUCAGGCUUGAUAGAUUUGUAAAUCGCAGUUAUUUAUUUAACGCCUUGAAUAUUGAUGAGCAAAUCCCUUCACAUCAUGUAGAAUGCAUUCUUGCACUGUCUUCGAAAAAUGCCAAUGUUAUCAGUAGUUCUUUUCAAUUUAUUUUUUUUGGUUUGGCAUUUGAUCACUACAUAUUCUUAUUGCAUACAUUUUUCUCCAUUUUUUCACUAGUCUAUUUUCUGAGAUUGAUAGUCACGAAUCAGAUGCAGACAGCCACAUCGCUUCGUAUGAUGAUGAUGAUGAUAAUAAUGGUGAUCGCCUUCUUGGUAUAAACACUUAUAUGUUGAAUUGGGAUGAGUUUACCAAGAGUGUUAUUCGGUCAGGAGCAGGUCUACUAUUUCCUGCAUCGACCUUUUCUUUGUUUGUUAGUCUUCUUAGUGAAAGUUACUUUGCAGAACUAAAAUAUUUAAGAAAAGAAGUCAGUAGAACGAUUGAGAAAUUUUCACGUGUUGAAAAUUUAAUGAAACGGUGUCAGUCAGAAUACUCGUAUAAUAAUAAGAUGUUAGCGGAUUAUGUGAAUUCCAUCAAAGUGGAAAUGUCUGAUCAGAAACUCGCAUUGGAGAGUUUUAUUGCAAGAUGGAAUAACAUUUUAAGCUCUAUACGAAUUGCCUCUAUAAUGUUUGCUGAUUCGAAUGAUAAUGGAAUUCACAUAACAACUAACUCUGCUUCGUCUGAAACAACCUUUUCCUCAUUGAGCGAUAUAACUGAAGACGAUCAAAUUGAUACAUUACCAAAAGAUGACAGUAAAGCUGAUAUUCCAUCUGACCAGCUGGUAUCACAAUACUUUGUUGACAGUGAAAUAGAAAAUUGUAUAUCUGUUGAAAUGAAAUCACCAACUGAAAUACAGAAUAUUAAUGACGAAGUCGGAAUUCGUAUUCACUCAUCAGAUGGUGUUGGUAAUAUUUCAAACGAGAUUUCGCAUAAUGAGGACACUGAGGAACACCAACCUUGCAGUUACCUACAUGUGACAAAGAUACCUACACUGUCGCGUUCGUCACUAUCUUCUGAGACAUCACCUAACAUGCUGACAUUUGGAAGUUCACAAUUAAAACGCCAUGGUGUCUCCACCUCUGGCAGUUUGUUACCUUCACCAUCGGUGGUGUAUAUUCAUCCUGCUGAAACUUUAAAUCGUACUCCGCCAACUGACCAAGAUAAAGAUAUGCAUCAUUUUCGUGUUGUGUCAAGUGACAAACAAAGAACACCGUUUGCAGACUUAAAUAAUACAUCUGCUGACACUCAACGUUCCAGAUUACCGAAACCUAAACACAUCAAUAUGUGAAAGCUGAUAUUUGCACGAUUAACUACAAGAUACUUCUGUUAUCGUG